AUGCUGCAUGAUUCCACAGAUGAGGAAGAAGAGGCCGGCCAUCAUGAAGGUGGAGGUAUUGGUCAACAACCGGUAUCUACACAUCGUUCAGGACCUCUACAUAAUCGAACAACAUCAGUGAAUCCAAAUCCUUCUUAUUCUAAUGUUAGUUCACCAUUAUUGACACCAAAGUUAUCUCAUGUUGAUCCAACAUCAGGAUCGAAAACUACACCAAUUCAUCAUCCACCUUUGCUGAAUAACCAGUAUUCAUCACCAGGAUCAGCACCUCGUAUAUUAACAUCUAUACCAAACAUUUCAACAAAUGAUUCACCCUCAUUACCAGUAGGUUCAUUGACACAUGCAAAUUUGCAUCAAGAAACGCAUCAACCAUUGAGAAGGGUGAAAACUGAUUCGAAUAGUAUAAUAAGUACUAAUUCAUCAACAUCAUCUGAAGAACCUUUACAUCCAUCAUUAUCAUCGUCAUCACAACAACAACAAACAAAUUCAUUACGUACUCAAGAUACAUCCUUUUCAUCUUCAAAAUUUUAUCCAAGCCAAGGACAGCCAUCAGGAUUAAGUUCUAAUAAUCUAAUAUCACAUUUAACAAACACAACUAGUUCAUCACCAGGCACAACAAUAUCAAGUACAACUGGUUUGCCAAUUGAUCGUGUACCAUCACCAUCACCAUCACCAUCAUUACUAAGUGAACGAGAACGUGAAGAAAAUGAACGCGUUGAACGUGAUUUAGAAUUAAAACGUAAACGUCUUCAAAUAUAUGUAUUCAUUUGUCGUUGUAUUGCAUGUCCAUUUAAUUCAAAACAAUCGUCAGAUAUGGCAAGAAAACAUUUAAAAGUAACUCUUGUUCAAUAUGGUGUUAUCAAAGAAAGAUUUUUAGCCUUUCUCAAUGGUAAAACUCACAUUGAAGCAGACGAAGCUUUUAUAAAUGCUGUUCGCUCAUAUUAUGAAGUAUUUCUUAAAAGUGAACGUAUUGGCAAAAUGGUGCAAUCCGGUGGUUGUUGUUCGGAUGAUUUUCGUGAUGUAUUUCGUAUUAAUAUUGAAAAACGUGUACGAAGUUUACCUGAUAUUGAUUCACUUAAAAUAAGCAAAGAUACGGUGCUCAGUUUAUGGAUGUCGAAAUUUGAUGCUAUUUAUCGUGGUCAAGAUCAAGAUCAAGAUAAUUCUAGUCGUCGUUUAUCAAAAUCAAAUUAUAUAUCAACAUCAGCAGAAUUAAUUAUGAGUAAAGAUCAAUUAUAUGAUAUGUUUCAAAAUAUAUUAAAUAUUAAAAAAUUUGAACAUCAAAUGAUUUUCAAUAGUGCUCAACUUGAUAAUAACGAUGAACAAGCAGCAACGAUUCGUCGUGAACUUGAUGGCCGAAUGAAACAGGCAGAAUCUCUUCAAAGACAACGUGGUCUAAUGCCCAAGUUUGUACAUAAAGAAAUGGAUACAUUAUAUGUUGAUGAAUUAAAAAAGACCAUAAAUGAUCUUAUGAGCAAUCUUGAAAGUUUACCAGUGCGUGGCGGUUCAGAACAGAAACCAUUAAGAUCGAAACGUGGUACUGGUCAUAGUCGUCAUACAAGUGCUGGUGGCAGUUCAUUAUCUGGUGCCAAUUCAUCGAACAAAUCUAUGCAUAAUGAUGGAAAUAAUCAUUUAGAUGAUAAUGAACCAGGCUUAUCUAAACUAGCAUUUGUAUUAAAUUUUAAUGUGAACAUAACUGUAAAAGAAGUUCGUGGAUUAAAAUCCAUCCCGACAAAUCGUAUUGUUUAUUGUACCAUGGAAGUUGAAGGCGGUGAAAAAUAUCGCACUGAACAUGCUGAAGCUGGGAAACCUGUUUGGGAAUCAUUAGCAGAAUUUCCUACCAAUCAAAUUUUACCCAUAAUUAGAGUAAAACUUUAUAUGGAAAAUCCAGGAAUACUUAGCUUAGAUGAUAAUAAACUUGGCAAAGUAACAUUGCAAAUUGAUCCCACAUUUAAUAAAACAAAUUGGUGGACAGAUAUGAUUAAAAAUAAAAGCACAUCAACUGAUGAAUUGAAAGUUAAAUUAGAUGUACGAAUGGAAAAACCACAAAAUCUUAAAAUGUGUGGUUGGUGCUAUGCUCGAGGUAAAAAUGUCUGGAAAACGUGGAAAAGACGAUACUAUGCACUCGUUCAGGUUUCUCAAUAUUGUUUUGCUAUAUGUAGUUAUCGUGAAAAGAAAUCAGAGCCCACUGAAAUGAUGCCCCUUGAAGGUUAUACUGUUGAUUAUGCUGAACCAGACAAUGGUUUAGUUAUGCACGAUGCAAAAUAUUUCUUUAAAGCUGUACGUGAAGGUGAUGUUGUAACAUGUGCAACCAAUGAAGAAAAUGAAAGACACAGUUGGGUACAAGCAUUAUAUCGUGCUACCGGUCAAUCACAUAAGCCAACACCACCAGUAACUGCAACAAAUAAAACAUCACAAGGUACUACUGGCACAGGACAAAAAGACCAAGUUGAUUCAGAUCGAUCGAAAAAACUGGGUUUUGAUGAAUAUAUUCAAAGUGAUCCAUGUAAAUUUGAUCAUCAUGAUCUUUUUCGAGCGUUACAAACAGCAACACUUGAUUAUCGGUUAAAUGACCCAUAUUGUUCCUUGGGUUGGUUGAGUCCAGGACAAAGCUACGUACUCGAAGAAUAUUGUUCUCGAUAUGGUGUUCGUGGUUGUUUAAGACAUUUGUAUUAUUUAAAUGAUUUACUUGAUCGAGCCGAACAAGGAUCCAUGGUUGAUCCACAACUAGUUCAUUAUAGUUAUGUUUUUUGCGCUUCACACGUCUCAGGAAAUCGGCCUGAUAAUAAUGUAUCGACAAUUACUAUGGAAGAAAAAGAUCGUUUUAAUGAAAUAAAAGAAAGACUAAAAUUAUUUCUUGAACAUCAAGUUACUAAUUUUAGAUUUUCGUUUCCAUUUGGUCGCCCUGAUGGUGGAUUAAAAGCAACAUUAAGUUUAUUAGAACGUGUAUCAGCUAAAGAUCUAGCUACGCCAAUAUCCCGUGAUGAUAUACGACGUUUUAUUGGCAAAUGUCUUGAAAAUGCAGCUUAUAUUAACUAUACCCGUGUAUCUGAUCAAGCAAAAAUAGAAGGCGAACGAGAGACACAGCAGCAAACAGACAACGAAACAGUUUAUAAUAGUGACGAUUCACCUAGAAAAAAAGUGGAUGAUUUAAUUCAUCUAGCUGAAUUGUGCAUUGAACUAUUACAACAAGAUGCUGAACACUAUCGAGAAGCAUUUCAACAAUAUCAUGAUUUAUUAAUUGAGCACGAAGAAAUUUUUUGGUCUUUGUUUGCUGUUGAUAUGGAACAUGUUAUUGAUCAGCAACCAAUUGAAAGUUGGGAUGCAUUUCCCUUAUUUCAAUUAUUAAAUGAUUAUCUUCGAUUACAUGACUCAUUAUGUAAUGGUCGAUUUCACCAACAAUUACGUGAUACAUUUGCACCAUUAGUGGUUCGUUAUGUCGAUUUAAUGGAAUCAUGUAUUGCACAAUCAAUACAUAAAGGUUUUGAAAAAGAAAAUUGGAAAUCGAAAAAUCGAGGAUGUGCAACAAGCGAAGAUAUACUAUGGAAACUUGAUGCUUUACAAUGUUUUAUUCGUGAUUUACAUUGGCCGGAUGAAAUCUUUCGUGAACAUCUUGAAAAACGACUCAAACAAAUGGCUUCAGAUAUGAUUGAAGCUUGUGCAAAGAGAGUAUGGCGGCAUUUUGAAACGUGGAUGAAAAAAGGCGGUUUAAUUGGUGGUACUAGUUCCGAUUAUCUUUUACCAUCUGAAUGUUGUGUUAUGAUCAAUGUUAUACUCGAUUGUAAAGCUCAAGCUUUAAAAUUGUGUGCAUUGCAUGCUGGUGAUCUUCAUCAAUAUCACACACGUAUUGAUGAAUAUCUAGAAAAAAAUUUAAGUGAUAUGUCAAAAGCAUUAAUACAAAAAUUACUUAGCAUACUUGAUUCUGUAUUAAAAAAAUUGUCACGUUACGAUGAAGGAUCCUUUUUUGCUCAAAUACUUUCUUUAACCAAACCCAUUAAUGAAGACGGACAAGCUUAUGUCUCAAGUGUCAAUGCCAAUUUAGAGCAAUUACGUCAAAAAAUUAGUGAUGAAAUCUUUACAUUAAAUAUUUUUGAAGAAUGGUAUCGACAACAAACACAUCUCAUAUUUAUGUGGUUAGGUGAAAGAACAGAAAUAAGUCUUCACCCAUAUCAAUUAGCUUGUUUAAUGUUAAUCGUUAAAAAAACUCAUGGAAAUUUUGAAUUACAAGGUGUUCAAGAAAAAGAUCUUAAUUCGCAGUUGUACAAUAGUAUUAUUCAAAGAUUACACUUCGAAGAAACAGCAAAUGCAGUAAAAUGA